AAUACAUCUGAAAUGUAUUUCUUUAAUUUUAGAAUGCGUAAAUAAAUUUUACACUUUAAGAUUUCUCUGUAUUUGCAACUGGACGAUUAAUUUAAAUCGAAAAUGAAAUACUGAAACCGAGUAGUUAAAAGAACUUAGCGGUCACCUUAAAUUUAAUAUGAGAUUGAUAGUUUCUCCAUAAUUUUAACGACGCAUAAUUGCAAUGAAGGGAGAACAGAGUCUGCUUGAAGGCCCUAAUAGAAGCUUUCGUGAAAAUUCUACUCCUGCUGUUAUCCAGUAUCGAAGCAGACUUGCAAGUCUUACUGAAUAUGAUGUGGAACAAGUGAAAAUUGCCAAUUAUGCUGAUACUGUCAAGCAGCUGGAUACAUAUUAUGGCCAAGUUAAAAGGCAAAUUCUCAAACACCAGAGCCCUACUACUGGGUUAUUUCCCCAGAUGACUGAAGAGAAGGAGAUUGCUAGUAUACGGGAUAGCAUAUAUUGUGCAGUUGCAAUUUGGAGUUUAUAUCAGGCUUACAAGAGAAUUGAUGAUGAUAGAGGAAAAGCAUAUGAACUUGGACAGAGUGCUGUAAAAUGCAUGAGAGGCAUACUGUUUUGUUGGAUGCGACAGGCUGAAGAAAAACUAGAAAAAUACAAAAUGAAUCAAUGUCCUGAACAUGCUUUGCACAGUAGAUUUCACUUAGAAACUGGACAACCACUUGAAGGAAAUCCUGAAUUUGACGAUUAUGGACAUUUGCAACUUGAUGUUGUUUCCCUUUACCUGUUAUUUUUAGUACAAAUGAUAAUGUCUGGUUUGCAGAUUAUUUAUACUAUGGAUGAAGUGAAUUUUGUUCAAAAUCUUGUCUAUUAUGUUGAAAGAGCUUAUCGAACCCCAGACUUUGGUAUGUGGGAAAGAGGUAGCAAAUACAAUGACAAUACCCCAGAAAUUCAUGCUAGUUCUAUUGGCAUGGCUAAAUCUGCUUUGGAAGCAAUUAAUGGGUGCAAUCUCUUUGGAGAUAAAGGUGCCUCUUGGUCUGUUGUAUAUGUAGACAUUGAUGCCCAUAGCAGAAAUAGAAGUAUAUUUGAAACUUUAUUACCAAGAGAAUCUAGUUCAAAAAAUACAGAUUCUGCCCUGCUCCCUACAAUCAGCUUUCCCUGUUUUGCCACACAUGAUGAACAUUUGUAUAAUCGUACAAAGGACAAAAUUGUUCGUAAGCUCCAAGGGACUUAUGGAUUCAAACGGUUUCUGAGGGAUGGCUAUGGUACUGCAGUUGAGGAUAUAACGCGACCAUAUUAUGAGCAAGGAGAAACAAAGGAAUUUGAGAACAUUGAAUGUGAAUGGCCAUUAUUUUUUAUAUACAUGAUAUUAGAUGGCAUAUUUAAAGGUAAUGAUGAGCAAAUAAAGAAAUAUCGACAUCUUCUACAUCCAAGGCUGAAGGUUGACAGAUAUGGAAAUGCUGUUGUACCCAAAUAUUUCUUCGUUCCAACAUUAUGCAUUGAUGCAGAAAGAAGAGAACCAGGAUCUCAAAAAAGAAUUCCUAGUGAAGAGGGAGAUGCUGAUAAUCUUUUCCUAAUGGGACAAGCUCUUUACAUUAUGGCUGAAUUAUUAGUGGAUGGACUUUUGCAUAUCAAUGAAUUGGAUCCUAUUAGGCGAUAUUUACCUUCUUAUAACAGGCCUCGUAAGACGGGUCGUUAUUCAGCAUUUCAGGGAAAAGCUGCUGGAACUGCAAGUGAUCUUGUUGUUCAAGUUGUGCUCAUUGCUGAAAGUAUGAGAUUGCAAGCUAUGAUGGCAACUUAUGGUAUUCAUACUCAAACCCCUCAUGAAGUAGAACCUGUUCAGAUAUGGUCUCCAAGUCAGUUAGUUAAGAUUUAUGAAUAUCUUGGUGUAAGUAAGAAACUUGGACUUAAAGGACGACCACCCAGACCUAUUGGUGCUCUUGGAACUAGUAAACUAUAUCGUAUCUGUGGUCAAACUGUCAUUUGUUAUCCACUAAUAUUUGAAGUCAGCGAUUUUUAUCUUUCUCAUGAUAUGGCGCUCUUAAUUGAUGAUAUUAAGAAUGAGCUACAUUUUGUGGGUAAAUAUUGGAGAAUGUCUGGUAGACCAACAAUCUGCAUUUUGAUUCGAGAAGAACAUAUGAGAGAUGUGCAUUUCAAAGAAAUGCUAGAUUUACUUGCCAUGUUGAAGAAAGGUGACUGUGAUGGCUUGAAAAUCAGGACUGGAAGAUUACAGAAUUUAAUAUCAUCAUCUUGUAUUGAACAUUUGGAUUUUCUUCAUCUACUCACACCUGAUGAUCUACCAAACAUAGAAGCCUUUCAGCAAUUAGAGCAUGCAUCUUUGGGUUAUCAGAGUCUUACAGAUAUACCUAAAGCUAUUGUUUAUAAUGAACCUACUUAUGAUUUUAAAGAGUUUCAACAUCGUUCUUCAAGAGAGAUACUGGAAGCAUUGAGUAGCACUGACACACUCCAUGGGCAAAGUCAACUUCUUGGAAUACUUUAUUUUCGAGAAGGGCCAAACUUUUGGACCGAAAAUGGCACUGUAAAAGAGCGAUUAGAUCGAUUAACAAGACAAGCUGGAGCCUUACGGCAUUGGUCAGUUGUAAGAUAUUGUUCGAGCGUUCUCAGAAAAUUAGUUGACAGUAUUAGUCCAAACAUAACAUCCAUUUUAGUGUGUGGGAAACAGAUAACAGUUGGAGUUUUUGGUCAUGAAGAAGUUGUAAUUGACAAGCCACUUACUCCUAAGGAAGUUGAAGGAAUUAUAUAUUCAAAAUGUCAAGUACAUGAUAUUUAUCAAGCUGUUUUGCAACAAGAAAUUAUUUUAUAUGUUGGACGUCUUAUUUCAACUACUCCUCAACUUUUCCAAGGAAUUCUAAAAAUUAGAAUUGGAUGGGUUCUUCAGGCAAUGAUUUUGCAUAUGAAGUUCCUCUCUUCAAAUCCUCCUCCAUUGGAAAGUUUAUCUCCUAGUGAACUCAGAAAAGUUUUGUAUCGUGUCUUGACACUAUCAGAUAAUAGUACUAAUUCACAAUUGUCUAUUCAUCAAAGACGGCAGAUUGAAGGAGCUCUGUGCAGAGUACCAAAGAAUUUUUAUGAUCGUGUAUGGGAUAUAAUGACCAGAACUUCUGAAGGUAUCAUUGUGGAAGGUUAUCAUUUACCUCAGCAACCAACCUUAACAGAAAUGACUGUUUAUGAUUUGAAAUUUGCAACAGAAGUUGAAAUGUUUCUGAGCAGGGUUGCUUUACCUGAAUAUCGACAGAUUCUAGUCGAACUCAUUAUGGUUGUUUAUCUUAUCCUUGAGAGAAAUCCAGAAUUAUCUUUCAAUGCUACCAUCGAUAUGAAUAAGCUUGUUGAAGAAGCUUUCAUCAUGUAUCAGAAAGAUAAUGGUGGUGAUCAUGAAGGGGAUAUGUCACAAUUUUUUGAUUCGCCAACCACUAUUACUGCUAGUUACCUUGCUCGUGCUGUGAUGAACCACCUCUUGAAAUGUGCACCGGAACAAAGUUAUUCAAGAGAUCUUUGUUGUGUAUCAUGAAAUUCACAAACUUUUUUUUUCUUCUGUACAUAUAUUUGAAAUUAGCUAUAUUCAUGUACAUAUCAUUGUAAUAUAUUCAAAUAAGUUAAAUUUCAGUAGUUUGCAAUGCAAUAACAUUAAAUAGCAUUAUAUUAUAUUAUAUAUAUAUAUGUAAUAUAUAUAUAUUACUUGCAAACUAGCUAUUCAAUUGUGAAAUAGCUUUUAAAUAAAAGAAUAUUUAUUUACAAGUCCAAAAAUAGUGCCAAAAGAUAUUGAGAAUUAAAUUUUUCUGUUUAUUAUUUAAUAUUUUAAAAUUAAAGUAUAUAUUUUAUAUAUAUGUAAGUAUCAAAUGAUUUGAAUAUCAAUUCAUAUGAAGCCAUUUUUCCAAGUUAUUGUUGAAAUAUUUUAUCAUUGUUUCUGUUAUUUGUUUACUAUUCCAUUGAUUUGGUAAGAUUGUUAUAAAUUUGUUUGGUAUGCUGGAUUGUUUCAGUAUGCAAUGACCGUUAAACAAAAUUUCUUUCAACGACAAGAAAAAGGCCAUUGUAAUUUGUAGAGCUUCUUUUUGUUUUGCUGUUAGAAUUUUUUGUGGUUUUAAAAUUUUCCUUACUAUUCAACCCCCAUGGUUUUAAUGUUUUUUCUCUUCACACAUGUGAAAUUAAAAGCUUGCAGAAUAUUAUGAACACCUAAUAAACGGAUGAAAAAACUUUCA